AUGCUCACCAAACACCUCCUAUCCCAGGCGAUUUUCGGCGCCGUUGCCUCCGCAGUCGGGCCCUUCCAAUAUUACAUCCACGGCACCGGCGACUUGACGAACUACGUCAACCUAUCUCCGGACUUCAAGAACCCCGCAGAUACGGCGUCGACGCAGGGCGUCAAGAUCACGCUGGACGCGACGGCGAAAUGGAACAGUGAUAUGUGGCAGACGGGGCUGAUUCCGCAGACGAAGGCGGCGAUUAAUUCCGGGAGGGUGGGGUAUCAUUUUAGUAUGAAGCGGACGGAGUUGAAUCCUCCGAAUGCUGAGUAUGAGCAUCAGGUGAACUUUUUUGAAAGCCACUUCACGAAGAUGAAGUAUGGUUGGGUAGUACAUGGGGAACAAGGGACGUCGAAUCCCAACUUGCAGUGGAUGAUCGGUGGCCAGGGCAAGUGGAAGACGGAGUUCACACCCGAUGCGUGGUAUAACUUUGCUUAUGACAUUGACUUCGGGACCCAGACAGUUGAUUUGUACGCAUCCACCGGCGCCGACCCACUAAAGGUCGUAGUUCCACCGCAGUCUGCUUCCACAUCUUUAAAUGGUGCGGAUUGGCAUCUGGGUGUCCUGCGGCUUCCACGUGGAGGAUCCUCGGACACCGCUCCAGAGGACUGGUAUUUCAGUGGCGUGUACGUCGAGAGUGGCGAGAUCACGACGUCCAUCAGCGGCCCUUCAGCGUAG